GCGGUGAUGGCGCCCAAAGCUUGAUGGCAGCCAUGGUUUUAAACUUAAGAAGAAGUCUGGACGAGCGCAGUAGCGCCAUUUCGCUUUCCAUUCAUUGGUAAGAAGGCCUUCAUCGCAAUAUAUUGGAAAUUCAAACGUCAUCAUGGUGAAAAUCUUCAUUGGCAACCUUGCAUCGGAAACUACUGCCAAGGAGCUGCGAGAACUCUUUGAAAAGUAUGGCAAAAUCUCGGAAUGUGAUAUUGUGAAAAACUUUGGUUUUGUUCACAUGGACAACCUGUCAGAGGCAGAGGAGGCCAUCAAAAACCUCCACCAGACUGACCUGAACGGCUGGCGCAUGAAUGUGGAGAUGAGCAAAGGCAGAACCAAAUUCAGCACCAAACUUCAUGUCGGCAACCUCAGUGAAGAGGUCACAAGUGAAAUUCUUCGGGCCAAGUUUGAGGAGUUUGGCCCGGUGGUCGAGUGUGACAUUGUCAGAAACUAUGCCUUUGUUCACAUGGAGAAACUGGCGGAUGCCAUGGAGGCCAUCGAUAAGAUGGAUAACACCGCCUUCAAAGGCAAGCUGAUCAACGUCCGACUGUCCACCAGUCGGCUUCGCCCGGCCCCGGGAAUGGGAGAUCAUACUGGCUGCUUUGUCUGCGGGAAACACGGUCAUUGGUCGAAAGACUGUCAAGUCGGUCGGGACGAUAGCUACGGUGAUGGCACAAGAUUUCACAGCGUCCGGGAGCCCUCAUAUGGCAUGGCCGCACCUCCACCAGCUGAUUACUCUAUGUAUAAUCGAGCUAGUUAUGCUGGCGGGUUGCCGCAGCCUCCUCCUCCCCCGCCACCUCCUCCGCCUAAUCGUGGCUAUGCCGCUCAGCUGGGGGAUUGGUAUGCGAGCCGAGCUGCAGGCGCAUAUGCAGACAGGUCAUAUGUUUAUGAUCGUAGCCGUCUCUACAGCAGUGCUGAUUACUAUGAGAAGUACAGAGCUCGGCCUUAUGGCUCAAGCUAUUUCGAAGAGCGUCGUUUGCCCUAUCUCCCACCUCCGCUCCCUCCACCUCCCCCUUCUUCUCUUCCCAAGGUCUCACCCAGUGUGGAUCCAUAUGACCGUCGGCCGGUGCCUCCAGCUUCAUCAGUCCCUGCAUACUACACACCGGAACACAACCCAAUCAGACGAGUACCAGUUGUCUCAGCGGCCUACAACUACGAACGAAAGCGGCUGUCUCCAGUUCCUGCUACCACAAGCUCCUACUCUGUUUCACAGCCAAAAGAACAUUAUGCACAGCGAUAUGCGCCUUACUAAAGCUUUGGUACCAAGGUCGGAACUUCAGGACUUUUUUAACUCUUUCCUCAACCUCUACAGUCCCAUCACUGUAUGUAGCAUCCAGAUAUGAACGUAGAAGAUGUCUGGUUUAGAAAUGGGAUGCCGGCUACCUGCAGAAAAGUUGUUCACAUUCACAAAAGGAUGACUGACAAAAUGCAGUUUGACAAGUUUUCAGCUAUUUUUCUUUUUAGUUAUAAUCUUUAUUUUGUUCCAUACAUACGGCAGAUUGUUAAAAUCUGAAAAUGUUUUUGCUUUGAAUUUGUCAUAUAA